ACUGACAGCACUUUGGAAAGUCACCGACGUCUUCAGAGUUGGAUUAAAUGCCGUUUCCGUGCGCUCGUUUCCCCGCAGCGGAGAGAAUUUCGGCGGUUGUAUGUGUGACAUGAGGCAACGGCGUGGUUUAUAGACAGUCGCUGAGGAGAGAGAGAGAGUCCAUACCCGCCUCCCCUCACGCCUUUCAUACAGGUCCAGCUGGCCAAUGCCGGCCCCGUCGUACACGUCUGGCGGCGGCAGCAGCAGUAGCGUGUGUGAGACCACGGUCCCCGGUGCCUAGCCCAUGUGCAGCGCAUGAUGCCGUCGUCUGCGCGGAAAGGGGCGCUGAAGGACCCCGAGCUGGCCGACCUCUUCUUCAAAGACGAUCCCGAGGACGUGUUCUGCGACCUGCACGAGAUCGGCCAUGGCAGCUUCGGGGCCGUCUACUUUGCACGUAACUCCUACUCCAAUGAAGUGGUGGCCAUCAAGAAGAUGUCCUACAAUGGCAAACAGACCACUGAAAAGUGGCAGGACAUCAUUAAGGAGGUCAAGUUUCUGGAACAGCUGCGACACCCAAACACCAUUGAAUACAAAGGCUGCUACUUAAAGGACAACACUGCCUGGCUGGUGAUGGAGUACUGUCUAGGCUCUGCAUCAGACCUACUGGAGGUUCACAAGAAACCGCUCCAAGAGGUGGAAAUCGCUGCCAUUACCCAUGGUGCCUUGUUAGGACUGGCUUACUUACAUUCCCACAAUAUGAUUCACAGAGAUGUGAAGGCUGGUAACAUCCUGCUGACCGAGCUGGGCCAGGUCAAACUGGCCGACUUUGGCUCUGCCUCCAUCGCCUCACCAGCCAACUCCUUCGUGGGAACACCUUACUGGAUGGCCCCUGAAGUGAUCCUAGCAAUGGACGAGGGUCAGUAUGAGGGGAAGGUAGACAUCUGGUCCUUGGGGAUUACCUGCAUAGAACUGGCGGAGCGCAAGCCGCCACUGUUCAACAUGAACGCCAUGAGUGCCUUAUAUCACAUCGCCCAGAACGACUCCCCCACGCUGCAGUCCAACGAAUGGUCUGAUCCCUUCAGGAGCUUCGUUGACUACUGCCUACUGAAAAUCCCUCAGGACAGACCCUCAUCAGGGGAGCUGCUGCGACAUGACUUUGUGCGUCGGGAGCGCUCGGCACGGGUGCUCACCGACCUAAUCCAGAGGACGAAAGAUGCGGUGCGCGAGCUGGACAACCUGCAGUACCGCAAGAUGAAGAAGAUCCUCUACCAGGAGAAACACAACGGUCCUCUGGGAGAAAGCCAGGAGGAGGAGGAGGACAGCGAGGCAGCCAACUGUAAGAUGAACAGCCUAGGCAGCAACCACUCCAUCCCCAGCACCUCGGUCAGCACCGGCAGCCAGAGCAGCAGCAUCAACAGCAUGCAGGAGGUGCUGGAUGACAGCUGCUCCGACAUGACCAUGAUGCACCACCAGGACUACGACAGCACGCUGGACUCCUCCCCGCACACCAAGAAGGACCACCAGUACAACUGGGAUGAUGGGAUCCACAGGGACCACCGGCCGGAGCUGAGGUCGGCUUCCUCAGACAGGAGCAGCCAGGUCCACAACUUCAAGAACCAAGGACGCUUCGCCACCAUCAAGUCGGCAUCGCUGGUGACGAAGCAGAUCCACGAGCAUGAGCAGGAGAGCGAGCUGCGCGAGCAGAUGUCGGGCUACAAGCGCAUGCGGCGGCAGCACCAGAAGCAGCUGAUCGCCCUGGAGAACAAGCUGAAGGCCGAGAUGGACGAGCACCGGCUGAAGCUCCAGAAGGAGGUGGAAACGCAGGCCAACAACGCCUACAUCGAGCUGGAGAAGCUGGCCAAGCGCCACGCCGUGCACACAGAGAAGGAGAUGAAGACGGCGCUGGCGGAUGAGAAGAAGUUUCAGCAGCAGAUAGUGGCCCAGCAGAAGAAGGAGCUGACUACCUUCUUGGAUAAUCAGAAGCGGCAGUACAAGCUCUGCAAGGAGAAGAUUAAGGAGGAGAUGAAUGAGGACCACAGCACACCCAAGAAGGAGAAGCAGGAGCGUUUGUCUAAGCACAAGGAGAACAUGCAGCACUCCCAGGCAGAGGAGGAGGCCCACCUCCUGGGCCAGCAGAGGGUCUUCUAUGACCGGAACUGCCGCACCUUCAAACGCAAGAUCAUGAUCAAGAGGCACGAGUUUGAGCAGGAGCAGCUCCGAGAGGAGCUGAACAAGAAGAAGACUCAGAAGGAGAUGGAACAUGCCAUGCUGAUCCGUCACGACGAGUCCACCCAGGAGCUGGAGCAUCGGCAGCUCAAGACCCUGCAGAAGCUCCGCAUGGACCUCAUUCGGCUGCAGCACCAGACGGAGCUGGAGAACCAGAUCGAGUACAACAACCGCCGGGAGCGUGAGCUUCACCGCAAGCAUGUCCUCGAGCUGCGGCAGCAGCCCAAGAACCUCAAGGCCCUGGAGCUGCAGAUCAAGAAGCAGUUUCAGGACACGUGUAAGGUACAGACCAAGCAGUACAAGGCCCUUCGCCACCACCAGAUGGAGGUGACGCCCAAGUCAGAGCACAAGACCGUGCUGAAGGCCCUGAAGGAGGAGCAGACGCGCAAGCUGGCCAUCCUCGCCGAGCAGUACGAGCAGAGCAUCAACGAGAUGAUGGCCUCGCAGGCGCUGCGGCUGGAUGAGGCCCAGGAAGCAGAGUGCCAGGCCCUGAGGCAGCAGCUUCAGCAGGAGAUGGAGCUGCUCAACGCCUACCAGAGCAAGAUUAAGAUGCAGACCGAGGCGCAGCAUGAGCGCGAGCAGCAGAAGCUGGAGCAGAAGGUGUCGCUACGCCGGGCUCACCUGGAACAGAAGAUCGAGGAGGAGCUGCUCUCCCUUCAGAAGGAGCGGACCGACCGCAUCAAGCACCUGCUGGAGCGGCAGGAGCGGGAGUGCGACACCUUCGACAUGGAGAGUAUCCGGCUGGGCUUCAGCAACCUGGGGGUCCUGGACUACCCCAAGGACGACUACAGAUGAGGGGCAGCUGCUUGGCCGCCAUCUCCCGUAGUCUUCCCCCCUUCACCCCACCACCAGGCAUCCCUGUCUGCCUCAAAAGCAACCCCUUGUCCCCCUCCCCUUCGCCUGGACCGACCCGAUUGUGCGGGUUGUUUAGCUACUGAUGUCGUCAACGUGAGACACACAGACCCACGUAUGAACCCCCCCCCCCCCCCCAGAUUCUUGCCCGGUGGCUUUUAUGCCGCAUGGUGGGAGGGGGCAGUGAGAACUGACUGACUAGUUUCUAGGACCCCCCACUCCACCCGAACGCUCCUCCUCUUCCUCCCUUCCCCACUUGCGGCGUCACGAGAUGACAAGAAACAGAUGCUGGAGAACAUCCUGUAGUCGUCUUUUUGUAAGAAUAACGAUAAUCAUGUCAGUGUUCUUUGUUCAUUGUGCAAUGAUGACAUUUUAGGUGUGGCUAAAAGUGGAGAACUAGAGACAAGGAAGGAGAGGAGGAAAACAAACAGGGCGGUGGGACGAGCAAAUUUUUUUGGCUUUUGGCAAAAACCACAGAAGCCCAAACAGAUGCAAGACGACAGGUAGAAAAAAAAAUCGGUACUACCGAUCCUUCUGCAGCCGCUCUCUCGACCCUUUCUGAUACUUUACUCAUCGGAAAGAUUUUUUUUUUUUAAAGACAAAUUUUAAUAAUUUGAUACUUUGAAAGGAAAAGAAAAUUUCACAUUGUACAUACAGGUACACUUCUAACAAAUGUGACUCCUUUGAAUGAAUUUGAUUAACUGACUUGGGGCACCGUGUGUGUGCGCGCGCGUGUGUGUGUGUGUGUGUGUGCGUGUGUGUGUGCGUGGGGGAGGGGGGUCAGUGAUGUAUCAUGGUACUUGUAUGUGUAUCGUACUGAUUUCUCUGCACCUGCAGCCAAUGUGAAUAAUACCACAUGUGAACUUUAUCUCCCAGCUAGCACAAAGGGCUUCAUGGGGGGAGGGGGAGGGGGCGUGGGGACUUGUGUAUUUUGUGUAAAGAGGGAUUUAUGGAGAGCUUUUACUUAUUUUCGUAUCGUAUUUUAACCGUUACUCAAAUCGCAAAUUUUUUAAAAUAAACUAAAUUUUUUCCCUCCCCCCUCCUCGCAUAGUAUUUGGAGUUCAGUAAUUUGUAAACGGGAUCUAUCUUUGAAUUUCUGAUUAUUAUUAUUUUUUAUUUUAUUUUAUUUUUUUCUUGCUUUAACCACAAUUCUCAAGCUGUGUAUUUUCUCAUCAACCGGAACAGUAUGAUGCUUUAUUAUUGCAUGCACUUUAAUUUCUUUUCCAGGUUAAAAGAAAGCAUGAAUACGUCAGAGCUUUUAAUUAUAUUUGUAAAUAAAGUGCUCAUCACACAAA